UUAACAAAAAUAUACGUAACAUGGCAAUAAAGAAAUAUAUAUUAUUACAAAUUAGCACGCUGAUUUUAUACACUUAAAGAUAUAUUUUUAUUUUUAAUACAGUAUUUUCUAUAAUUAAUAUCCAUUAACAGCAACAUUAAAUUCUAGUUACAGAAAGUUAUAUAAUUAAUAAAUAUUUUGCUAAUAUUAUUUUAUGUUUUUCAUUUCAAUUAAAUCGACGCACUAUUCAAUCAAUCGUACUCAUGUUCAAAUCUAUCUAUCAUAUUUAUGCUAACAACAGGAUUAAUCCGUAUUUGACAUAACAGUAUUUGCACGGUUCACUUUUUCCUGCGUUUACGCAACGUUCCGAAAAAAAAGUGGCGUUCGUAAUCCGUCUGCGUCCCGUAAUACGAUUAUCAAGCAGAUAAAUAUUGCAUCUCGACGAUCUCGAGUUUCGUCUGACAGCUUAAUUAUCGUUUUCGCAUAAUCGGCUCACGGCACUGCUUCCAGACCAUGCCAUGACGAGGAAGAAAAGGAGCAACGAUGCGGAGAGAAACGGAUGGUUAUCAUACCGACAACUCUGGAUGCCCCCGAGGAGAACGAGCCGACCCAGCUAUUUCUACGCCUCCCCUGAUUAUGCUUUCGGCAACACUAGGGAUGAAUCUAGUCUGGACUAUCAUCAUGACUUCCGGGACCACCACAGAAGGCAGCACGAUUCGCUGUACAGACAUCGUAUGGCGAGCACGGUACCAUGGUUGCUGACAAUGUCGCUACUGGCUGUCCCAAAAUUUGCGGCCUACACGGGUCCCAGCAUCCUGUCCAGGGAUCUUCAAGCACCCGCGUUGCCACUAACGCCGUCCGUUUCUAUUCCAUUUUUCUCGACGCACAACAUCGACUACAAAGAUUUCUCAUCGCAUUAUGACGAACACGCCGGCCCGUCACGGAAUUGCGAUAAUCACCGGCCGUCCGAGGAAAAAUCGACGGUUUCCACGAACGUAGGCAAUCUUUACGGAUCGGCGCCGCAAUCGCGGCAUCGCGUUGCUACAUCCAAUCUGGGCAAAAGCAAUCCUUCGAGAUCCAUUGGAAGAGCUAUCGACAUGUUCCGCGCGGAUCCUCACUCGGUCAAUCAAUUGGACUUUCAUGAUUUCGGGGACGGUUUCGAGCCGGGACGCAUUAUAGACGACUACGUCGGUCCUGCUAUGGAGCUGGUGUACGCCUGGUCCACGAUUGAUUUUGAAUUCGACAGUAUCGAAGCGCGAGAUAAUGCUAUAUUCGAGGGCGAUUACAUCGCGGAGAAUAACUUGCCGCUGGGCCUGGAAGUCUGGCACGACAAAGUCUUCAUUACACUGCCAAAAUGGAGGACUGGCAUACCGGCGACUCUGGCUACCGUGCCCAGGCAUUCCAAGACAAAGAAUCCUAAAUUAAGACCGUACCCUAACUGGCGCUGGCAUCAACCAGGAAGCUGCGAGAGCUUAACGUCAGUCUUCCGAGUUCAAGUAGACGAGUGCGAUCGGCUGUGGGUCCUCGACUCCGGCAAAACGGACCUCGCCAAGAGAUCGAAACAGAGCUGCCCGCCCGCCAUAUUCAUCUUCGACCUGCGCACCGAUACCCUCAUCAGGAAGUACACCUUCCCAGACGAGCACAUCAAACAGGAUUCCCUGUACAUCAAUAUAGUAGUGGACAUCAGAGACAACGAUUGCGGCUCCGCUGUAGCGUACUUGGCCGACGUCUGGCGUUACGGCGUCGUGGUGUACGACUUCUUCAAGGACUCCACCUUCAGAGUCGAGCAUCAUUUCUUCUAUCCCGACCCCCUGGCGGCCAGAUACGAGUUGCACGGCAUAAAGUUCCAAUGGACCGACGGUAUAUUCGGAAUGGCGCUCAGUCCUGUGGACGUUCACGACGACAGAACGCUGUUCUUCCAUCCGAUGUCGAGCUUCCGCGAGUUCGCCGUGUCCACGUCGGUCUUCAGGGACAAGCGAAGCGCGGAUCAUAACACGGAGAGGUUUAUGCCCGUCGGGAAGCCCAGGGCCAAGGACUACGGCCACUCCUCGGGGUCUGUCAUCGACAUGAACGGCGUCAUGUUCUUCAACAUGGUCACCAGGGACUCCGUGUGGUGCUGGGACACCAGGAAGGAGUACAUACCGCAGAAUCUGGGCGUGAUCGGGACCAGCAAUGAGUCCCUGGUGUUCCCGAACGACGUUAAAGUGGAUCACGAACAGGAGCAAAGUGUGUGGCUGCUCUCGAACCGAUUGCCGAUGUAUUUGUACGGGACACUCAACAGCGCCAGCAUUAAUUACCGGGUGUUCAAAGCAAACGUUAAAGAAGCUGUCAGAGAUACCGUUUGCGAUCCUAAUUACGUAGUUCCUGACUCGGAUCCAGGCCUCGACGACACUUGUUGAGAAUUCUGUUCGCACACUCCGCUACGUUAAAUUAAUUCUCGACAGUUCUAAUCAGAUUUUUCGCCAUGACAUCGAAAUGUCUCUUAUUUUAAAAUCUAAGCAUUGAAAUCUUCAGCACUGAAUCGCUGAACAUCGAAGCGUUCAGGGAGACCUACUUUUCUUAAGUUAUCUCGUUUAUUUAUUGUAUUCCUGAUUAUCGCUGAUUUUAAAAAAAUACGAUUAUAUUGAACAAAUCGUUAUACGAUACUUAAUAAGCAUUGUUUAGCGCACAAGCACGUUAUUUUAAUAUUCCUACUACCAUAAACAAUGCAAUCUUUCGAGUUACCAAUGAUUAGACAAUUAUAUGUAAAAUUAUUAGCAUAAAUAUACGUUUUGUACAUAUAUAUAAGUCACAUUUGUAUAAAACUUUCACUUAAUAGAAUUAUCAUACCUGGUAGAAGAGAAGCAUUGCUAUUGCGUAUAAACAUUCCUGUUGUUAAUUUAAAAUGAUUGGUGAAAUACUUGCGUGUGUAUAUGUUGAAGGAUAAAGACGUCAAGUUUGAUCAAUCAACUGCAAAUGUCAUUAAUGCUAGCUUGUCAGAGAAAUUAUUGGAAAUGUACAUUUUUCCCAAGAUAAUGAUUAUUUCAUAACCAUAAGAUUGCCGAUUCAGACUUUGCAUUGUAAUUUCUUUGUGACUAAUUUGCAAAUAAUAAAUUGCAAAUAAUAAAAAUUGAUAAUUAAACAA